AACAAACAACAAACUACUUCACGCUCUUGCAUCCUCCGCUCAAAUCUCCAUUGUUUUUAUCCAACAACACUCCCUCCACCCCUCAAAACACUCCAUAUCUCUCUCUAACAACUAAGUCCAAAACCGGUUUGGCUUAUCGGAUCAUAAAAACUAAGCAACCACAAUUUGUUAGCAAGUUUUGAUUUUGGAGUGCAUGGCUGCUCUUCACUCUACUGCUUUUUGUUUAGGUAGUGUGGCUUUGUCUUCUCGUCAAGAACUUAGUUUUAGACGAGGGAAUGUUAAAGCCUCGGCUUUUUCUUGCCCUUCUUCGGUUUCCAUUCCUCGAUUGAGCUUCCAAAGUAAAGCAUUAGGAGGUGAUGGGUUUCCAGAAACGAAAGAUUCCUCUCUUGUGGUUUGCUUUGGUGAAAUGCUAAUUGAUUUUGUCCCGACCAUUAGUGGACUUUCAUUGGCUGAUGCGCCAGCAUUUAAAAAGGCUCCAGGAGGUGCACCUGCUAAUGUUGCUGUCGGUAUUGCUCGUCUUGGUGGCUCAUCAGCAUUUAUUGGGAAGGUUGGUGAAGAUGAGUUCGGAUACAUGCUUGCUGAAAUAUUAAAGGAGAAUAAUGUGAACAGUGAAGGGAUGCGUUUUGAUCGUGGUGCACGGACUGCUUUAGCAUUUGUUACAUUAAGGAGUGAUGGGGAACGUGAGUUCAUGUUUUACCGUAAUCCUAGUGCAGAUAUGUUGCUUCAAGAAGCUGAACUUGAUCUAGAUUUGAUUAGAAAGGCAAAAAUAUUUCAUUAUGGCUCUAUAAGUCUUAUAACAGAGCCAUGCAAAUCAGCCCACAUUGCUGCAGCAAAAGCUGCCAAGGAUGCAGGUGUUGUUUUAUCCUACGAUCCUAACCUGAGGCUUCCACUAUGGCCUUCUGCAGAGAGUGCCAGAGAAGGGAUUCUGAGCAUUUGGGACACUGCUGAUAUUAUUAAGAUAAGUGAAGAAGAGAUAUCCUUCUUGACUAAAGGAGAAGAUCCAUAUGAUGAUGUUGUUGUUCGUAAGCUAUGCCAUCCAAAUCAUAAAUUGCUUCUUGUCACUGAAGGGCCCGAGGGCUGCAGGUAUUACACCAAAGAGUUCAAUGGGAGGGUGAAGGGCUUAAAGGUAGAUGCUGUGGACACCACUGGUGCUGGGGAUGCAUUUGUUGCUGGAAUAUUGUCACAGCUAGCUAAGGAUCUCUCCUUGCUCCAGAAUGAGGACCGAUUGCGAGAAGCUCUGAUGUUUGCUAAUGCCUGUGGUGCGUUGACUGUUAAGGAGAGAGGUGCAAUUCCAGCUUUACCAACCAGAGAAGCUGUGCACAAUGCCAUCCUUCAUUCUGUUGGAUAGGGUUUCUUGUGAUAUCUGUGAUUAGGUAAUAAAUUCCAUUCCGAUUCAUUGGAUUGUUCGACAAUGCUAGCAAUGGAGGGUGGUGGUAGUGUAGGAUCUAUUUAAUUCUAUUGUUCAAAACAUAUCUACCCAGUUCAUUGUUGUAAGUUUACCAUAAUCUGUUGAGUGAAAUCAUUUGACUCUUGCGGGUAACACCAAACCCCCUGUCUCACACCAUAUUGUAAACAUUCAGCUGAGGACUCCACCAAUAAAAUAAAUUUACAAUUUUUGUGA